AUGCUGUUAUUACAAAAAAUAUCAUGGUUUUUUACUGGAGAACGUUCUCAAGAUAGUAGAUGGUCAUGGUUUGUAUGUAUUUCUGCAGCAGUUAUCAAUGGUGUGAAUCUUGGUUUUGUGCUAAGCUUUGGGGUCCUUUUCCCAGAGCUGAUGGAAUACUUUGGAGAGACCGGGGAAAGAACAGGUGAGUUGAGAUAAAACGAAAUCAAUUUAAUCCUUUCUGAAAGCGCUUUUUUGUCGGAAACAAUAAAAUGGCCGAACAACGGAAGAGUAAACACCAGGCGCUCUUGAAAAUCUCUAUCAAUCUAUGAUAUUUCGCCAUAUUUUUGCGUUUUGUUUGGAAAUACAAAUCAGUGUCUAAAAAGCACUGAAAAGCCGUGUUGAAAUCUCUUCGUAGCAGCUCAAUGGGUGUUUUGGCAUCAACGCCUUCUGCGACAAAUUGCCAUUUGCAAACUGGCAUCUAAAUUGUAAUAUUCAGACCCCUCUUGCCAGGUUUUACUUCAUCAAAAUUUCGACUAACAACAGGUCACUUUAUUUCUGAAAGUGGGAACUUAACUUUGUGUUACUGAUUCAAAAAAACGCAGAUACCUUUCCAUUUGUCAUGUCUGAUUUGUCUUUAAAACAUUACUCCAACAUUUAAUUUGAUGUUGUGCGACGUGGAACCAAGAUGUAUUCAAAAUAAGCAAAGCAGACCGUUUAAAUUCAACCAAUAAGGAAAUAGGAGCAAACUUCUCAAAAAUAAGAGUGAGGCGGGUCGAUCCUUACGCAUAAACUACAAUUUAAAAUUUUUUUUUUUUGAGUCUGAAUUUCUCUAUUUCCUAAAAUUGGUUCAGGGAUCAAUUCCUCGCUUUCCAUGCAUCACUCAAACUCAGUUUAUUUCAAUGUAUCAUCUCCGAACUUAGCUGCUAAACUUGUGUCUUGAUGACCUAAACUAUUGCAAUAGAGUCUCACUGGGAGUAGCUUUGAAGGUUAUCUGUGAGGUCUUUGACGGUUGACGAUUAAUAAGUAGAUAGAAGAUUUCUUCGAUGAGUUUAAAUCAAAACAAUUAUUUUUAUUUUUCAAUAUUAAUUAUAAAUGUUAUUCAAACCUAUUCAGUGUACUAAGUGAAAUAAAGCGUCGUUUGAAUAUAUCUAGUACUAACUAAAGGCCUAAUCAAACCCACGCAACAUUUCAACGCAACAUCUUGCAACCUUGAUGGAUCGUGCUGCGAGAUAAUGUGAAGGAGCUGGCCAAACGUGCGCAACAUCUGGCAACAUUCAAAAGUGUUUCAACAAAAAUUUUACCAUUUUCAAACUUGUUCCACCACCACGCAACAUCUUGCAACAUGUUGUUACAACAAUGCUGAAAAAAAAUGUAAAAGAUAUUACGCUGAAAUGUUGCAUGGCCGGGCCUUUCAAAAGUGUUUCAACAAAAAUUUUACCAUUUUCAAACUUGUUCCACCACCACGCAACAUCUUGCAACAUGUUGUUACAGGGUAGCCAAGCGUGUACAACACGUUGCGCGCAACAAUGCUGAAAAAAUUGUUUAAAAGAUAUUACGCUGAAAUGUUGCAUGGCCGGGCCUUAACGAACAAGCUCAGCAAAACCUUGCUGAUAUUCUACCCGCCCUGAUCAUUGUAAGUUCCACGCGAAAUGAACGACCCGACCCAGACCUCCCUGUUUUUUUUGCCCCACCGCUACUCUCGUCUCUUUAUAUUAACUGAAUGUUUGGAACAGCCUAGAAUCACUGCGGUUAUAUGAGAAUUCGAGAAUCCCUAUCCACUCUUUCUUAUAUCGUCUACUUUGCGGCGAAGUUCGCCGCUCAAUGUCAGCGCGCCGCGCGGAAUUCUGGAAGUGUUUCUUUUUUUUUUAAAUUAUUAUUCGCGUAUGAAAAAUGGUUUUUCGUUUAUCAGAUGCCAGUAACAUGGUCUUCUUUCCAUUCUUAUCAGCUCUAGUCGGCUCAAUUGCAGUGGGAAUGGUUUGGCUGGCAAGUCCGCUGGUCGGUUAUUUCUGUGAUCGCUUUGGUUGUCGGGUCACGUGUUUCGUAGGAGGCACGCUAUGCAUGGCUGGCCUUGUGUCGACGUCAUUUGUUCCAAACCUCACUUGGAUGUACUGCACGUAUAGCGCAGUGUAUGGUUUGGGAACAUGCUUCAUCUACAAUCCUUGCUUUCUUAUAAUUGCCAAGUACUUCAUGGAGAAGCUAUCCAUUGCGACUGGGAUUGUUUCGCUGGGUUCGAGUCUGGGUUACCUGUGCACUGGACCUUUGCUACAAGCACUAUUGGAUGCAUAUGGAUGGAGGGACACUUUCAGGAUAAUGGUGGCGACAUACGCUCUUGUCUGCAUCUUGAGUUUGACAUUUAACCCCAACGUACAAGGCAUAACAGUAGUAGAAACAUUUACCCCUGAAAAGGAUAACAAUCGAGCUCAAGAAGUAAAGAGGAAUGCACUCUUUUUUUAUUGCAGCGUGUGGAUCUUUCCUGCUUACACUGUGUUCGUUGUUUCACUCGUACUUGCCAGUUUUUCGAUGUAUAUUCCCUUCAUCAAUCUGGUAAGAUUAUGAUUUGAUACAAGAUAGAGCGACUUGGGAGGUUGGGAGAGCACGAGAUAAGCUGGAAACCACUCCGCUUCGCGUCAUGGUUUCCUACACUUAUCUCGUGUUCUCCCAACCUCCCGCGUGUUUACAUCAGACUAUGUAAACACGGAAACCAUUUUACAUUUCUUCGAUGAAAUUAUAUUGUCUUGUGGUAAAAUAAAUUCAGGUGAAGCCCGGAAAAUGUUUCUGACAAAACUAGCCCUAGGCCUGCAACUGAUUGGAUCAGGUGCAGCCAUUUGUUUUCCGACAAUACCAAACAGUAGUAAAGCAUAUUGAAGGCUUUACUCACUGAAUAUUGUUAGAACAAUUUUCAAUUAAGUGUCGAAAGUAAUCCGAUAUUGCAUUGGUUUCACUUCACUGACUUCGCUCUGUGAUGGUCCAGAAAGCUCGCGUCACUCCCUCAACCAAUCAGAUUCAACACUAAAACUAAUCACGACAUGGUCGCCCGCGUUUUCCCGCGCUUUAGGCGGUUUGUUUGCCUUUACUUUGAGUUCUCAUCAUGCAUGCUCCAAGGAUAGCCUUGCCAGUUGUUCGGCUAAUGCAACAUUUCUGUUUUUAAACUAGGUCAAGUUUAGCGAAGAUGUCGGAAUAUCUCCACAAAAAGCCUCCCGACUGUCCAUCUUCAUCGGCCUUGCUUCAGCCGUUGGACGAAUCACAACAGGGAGAUUGUGCAACGAUAAAAGAGUAAAUCCAGUUUACAUUUAUCAAGCGUGUUUGGUUAUCGCUGCUCUUGCCACAUCGAUACUGCCAAUGGCAAAGGAAUACUGGCAAAUUAUAAUUUUCAGCGCAACUUUUGGAUUAAGUGAAGGUGUAUUCAUAACAACCCAGAAUUUCAUUUUAUUGACCUGUGUGGACAAAAAACGAAGGACUGCAGCUUUCUGUAUCAACAACCUGCUAUAUGCCUUUACUGCAGCAGCCGGCGGACCCGUUGCCGGUAAGUGAAUCAAAGAACCUAAAAAAGAUGGGUUUAGAAGUCUUUGGAUAAUUUCUUAACCAACCAGAAUGAGAAAUACAGCCAAUUUUUUGGUUUUUCGUUUACACUAGCUUACAAAUGUAGCCAUUGUUUCCUUGUGUUUGGUUAGUACUUCAGCUUUUUCUAUUUAUUUUCUUAACCCUUAACUCUCGAGUUUUGAUUGUUAAUUCUCCCAUCUAGCUGCCGCGCACUUCCAUGUAAAUUAGUUACGAGAAUUUGCGUUUAGAGCAAGUGAACAACUUCUACCAGAUAUCUUUGAGUAUUUUCGUUACCUGUUUGCUGGAUGAUGAACGGAUAUCAUAAGGAGAAAUUACCUAUUUAUCACUUCUGUGAGUUAAAGGGUUACAGUUCCUCAAUCUUAGAAAGGAGGAAAAUGAACUGUGUUGUUCUCCUCCUAGUUUAAGUAUCGUCUACUUCGGAGAAAAAAGGAAAAUCUUUUAGGCUCAGCUAAUGUGGGUAAAUGCACUAGUUUGUUUAUAAAUGUUGUUAUUAUACAUUAGGGUUACUAUGCAAGCUCUGAUUGGUCGAGAGCAUACAUUCAUGUACAAUAGCGUGUGAGGUUGACAUGAUAACCCAAUAUCUGCAGCAGGUGUUGGGUUAUCAUGUCGAGUUCUAGGUCUGCCUAGUUUCCAAGCUCUUCGUCCGUGUAGUACUCUCAAACCUUUGCGAACUCAGAGAGAAGUGCCUCUUUUGGCGAUUGUUAAAAAAAUUUAUGAUGAAACAAUUACUGAAUUCGGUUUCGAUAAUUCAUGAUAUCAUGCUCAAUCUCAUCCAAUAAUUGCUCUUUAUUUCCUAUACAGCCCUGAUGGCUGACGAGACAGGGGACUAUACCUAUUCAUUCUACAUGACCGGAGGAGUGUUGAUAACUGCAGCCUUGAUACCAUUGAUUUUGAUUUGCGUAAACCGUGGGAAGUCGAAGGUCGUCCCCGAGGAAUCAGAAAUAGAAGAGAAGAAAGACAACUUUGAAAGAGUGUCCAUAGCAAUUCAAACUCUCGAUGAAACGGAAGUAUUGGGAAAAGAACUGCGCACAGAGUCCUUGUCAAGAAAGCGCGCUGCAAGCGCAUUUCUCUGA